AAGUCAUUAAUGCACUUUGAAAAAUCAUUGGAUUUCCACAAUGACUCGGUCAUCACUAGGCAUAUCUCAGUCAGUAACUGAUCAAAGCAGUGGACUGUCGACACACUUCAAAGAGAACAAUGGCAAACAUGAAAAAUUUAACGAUAAAGGAAUACUUCGAAGGACAAUCGAUAUUCAUCACCGGAAAUACAGGUACCAUGGGAAAGGUUCUAAUCGAGAAGUUGCUUCGGUGUUGUCCUGGAGUGGCCAGGCUAUACCUACUCAUCAGGGGGAAGAAAAAUAUUUCCAGUGAGGAGAGAUGGAAAGCAAUCACAGAAUUACCAUUGUUUGAUGUGCUGAAGAAAUCUAAUCCCGAAGCAUUAGCUAAAGUUACGCUUAUAGAAGGAGACAUACUAAAAGAUGACAUGGAUCUAUCAGAGGAAGAUAAGCAAUGUCUCUUAGAAAAUGUAACAAUCGUUUACCACAUGGCUGCAUUGGUUCAAUUUAGUGAUAGCAUGACACUGGCUCUAAUAAACAAUACCAAAUCAACGCAUAUGCUUCUCGAAUUUGCCAGGCGGAUGAAAAAACUUCAAUUAUUUCAUCAUGUAUCAACUGCAUUCUGCAAUAUGAACGUCCCUUGUGAUAAGGCAAUAGAAGAGGUCAUUCCAGCAACUCUGGACUGGAGAGUGAUCAUGAAGCUUUUAGAAACUCAACCAUUAAUUCUUGAAAACCUCAAAGAAAAACUUCUAUUUGGUCAUCCAAACCCGUAUACUUGGAGCAAGUGGCUUACAGAACAAAUAGUGGACGAAUACAAAAUAUAUUUCCCGAUAGUCAUCACAAGACCCGCAUCAGUGUCCAGUACCGUCAGAGAUCCUUUUCCAGGAUGGCUUGAUUCCAACAACGGCAUAUGCGGCUUUACAAAUGCUAUAGGUUUCGGAUUGUUGCGAAUUGCAUUUGCAAAAGAGGACAACUAUACCGACUUCAUUCCAGCAGAUGCAUCUAUAAAUACAAUGAUUGUGGCCUCGUGGAAGAAGUAUAAAGAACCAGCUCCGGAACGUACGGAUGUCUACAACAGCUGUUUAAUAAAGGACAUAAAAAUAACCGGAUCCGACUAUGUGAGGCUUGGACGGCCUGCUAUGGUGAAAUAUCCCUCGAAGCAUAUCGUGUGGCCUUCCCACGUAGUAAUGACCACUAAUGAGCUUUGGUACAAAAUAUUAUUCAUAUUGCUUCAAUUGGUUCCAGCGGUUUUAGUGGACCUAUUUUGUCUGGUGCGAAAUAAGAAGCGAAGGGCAGUGAAUAUGACGAUAAAAUCGGCUAAUAUGCUUCGAAUAUACAAGGAAUUCACCAAAAGAAAACUCGGAUUUCCGAACGACAAAUUCAAGGCUCUCAACAAUGAUAUACCAGAUGAGGAGUGGGACACGUUCAACACAGUGUACAAGGGCUUAACGAAAGAAUAUUUGAUAUCUAUAGGUUACAAAUCAAUUGUUAAAUACUAUCUAAAAGAAGAAAUCAAUGAAGAAAGUAUGAUUAAAAACAAAAGGCGAUAUUUUUGGUUAAUAGUAAUCGACGAAAUUAUGAUUUUCUGCUUUUGGAUGUUCGGAGGUUACUUACUCACCAAAAUACUUGGUUCAAUGCUGUAAUUCUGGUAGAAUUAUUCUUGCAACACAGAACAUUACUUCAGAACAGACGAAAAAAUGAACAAAAAACUUCCUAAACUGCAUCUCGAUUCUUUAAAACAUUCAGCAGUUUGUGGAAAAUGCUUUAUUUCCCAUCUUCAAAACCAUAAAAUAGAAUAGAAUAAAAUAUAAUUUAUUGCAUAAAGCAGUACAUGCUUGUUAUAUAAAUUAUACUGGGAUUGGCACUUUAAAUAUAAUAUUAAAUAAUAUUUAUCUUUCCAAAUUUAAGGCAAAUAAACUUCCAUUUAGUCUUUUUUAAUAACAUCUAUUGCAUCUGAAGUUUUGGGACAAUUUUCCCAUCCUCAAAGAAUCGUUUAUGUUUACUUGACUUUGUAAUGUGCCAUCAAUUGUCAAAAAUUACAAUAAUUGUCAUAUCUAUUUAAAUAUAAUACUUUAUGGUGUUACACAUUCAUUUUCUGUCCACUAUCACAGUAACCAACAUCUAGUUCCUUUGAGAAAUGGGAAAAUUGCCCGAAACGUCAGCUGUAAUAAAUGUGAUUAAAGAAGAAUUAAAAAAAAUGGAAGUUUAUUUGCCUUAAACUUAGAAAAAUAUAUAAAACGAAGCUUCCUAAAAAGGGAAAAAUAAGAAGAUAAUAAUAUUUAUAAGAUAAGAUUGUAUAGCAAGUAAUUCUUUUUUAUUUUAUAUAGCAUAUAGAUAAAAAGUUUAACAUUCAUGACCUAAGAUUUCAUAACUAUAUAUUGUAUAUAAAUAAUAUAUUUUUUACAAUACAUAUUAAAAAAAUUGCUUUUUUAUAUAA